GCGUAGGUCCCUUGACGAGUCGGCAGAUCUUCCGCUUCAGCGAGGAGGGUUUGGUGAACGCCAGGUUUGACUACAGCUACAACAACUUCAGAGUGACGAGCAUGCAGGCAGUCAUUAAUGAGACACCGCUGCCGAUAGAUCUGUACCGCUACGUCGACGUAUCAGGACGGGUCGAGCAGUUUGGAAAGUUUAGCGUCAUUUUCUAUGACCUCAACCAGGUGAUCACCACUCAUCUGAUGAAGCACACCAAAGUAUUUAACUCCUACGGCCAAGUAGUAGAGGUCCAGUAUGAGAUCCUUAAAUCCAUCGCCUACUGGAUGACCAUCCAGUACGACUCUGCAGGGCGCACCACCACCUGUGACAUUAGGGUUGGCGUGGACAGCAAUGUCACUCGCUACACAUACGAGUACGAUGCCGACAGCCAGCUGCAGAGCGCCGCAGUCAACGAGCGGCCUCAGUGGCGCUAUAGCUACGACCUCAAUGGGAACAUCAACCUACUCAGCCAUGGGACCAGUGCUAGACUAACUCCGCUACGGUACGACCAGAGAGACCGCAUCACACACCUUGGCGAGUUGCAGUAUAGCGUAGACGACGAUGGCUUCCUCCGCCAGCGAGCGAAUGACCUCUUCGACUACAACUCCAACGGCCUGCUGACCCGUGUCUUCAACCGAAUGACUGAGCACACCGUGUGGUACCGGUAUGACGGGCUGGGUCGGCGUGUGGCCACCAAGAGCAGCAAGGGCGAUCAGCUGCAGUUCUUUUAUGCUGACCUGUCACACCCCACCAGGGUCAGCCACUUGUACAACCACAGCAGCAAUCUGAUCAAGUCGCUGUACUACGACCUCCAGGGCCAUCUCAUUGCCAUGGAGCUGAGCAGCGGCGAGGAGUACUACGUCGCCUGCGACAGUGUCGGGAGUCCGAGGGCAGUUUUCUCUAGCAAGGGGCGACUGGUCAAAGAGAUCCUCUACACUCCCUAUGGAGAGGUCUAUCAGGACACCAACCCGGACUUCCAGCUUGUUAUUGGUUUCCAUGGAGGCUUGUAUGAUCCUCUCACACGACUGGUUCAUUUGGGCAGGCGGGAUUACGACACGCUGGCUGGCCGAUGGACUUCACCGAAUCAUGAACUGUGGGGCGAGCUGAGCAGGGAGCCAAAGCCGUUUAACUUGUACGCCUUCAAAAAUAACUGUCCAGUCGGGAGGGUGGAGGAGGUGACGCAGUUUACUACAGACAUUGGUAGCUGGCUGCAGCUCUUUGGGUUCCAGCUUCAUAAUGUUGUCCCAGGCUUCCCAAAGCCUGAGGUGGGCAGGAUGGAACAAACGUAUGAACUAAUGAAGACCCAGACUAAGACCCAGGACUGGGACACCAGCAAGGUGGUGUUGGGGAUCCAGUGUGAGAUGCGGAGGCAGCUGCGGAGCUUCAUUUCUCUGGACAGGUUACCUCUGGUCUCUGAGCCUGUGGGCUCCACCUGCCACAGACCGACACGUCCUCCUCCCUUCGGUUCCAGACCCUCGCUUCUCGGCCCCAGCAUCCGUUUUGCCGUCUCCCACGGCCGGGUCAGCGCUGAAGUCAUCGGCGUAGCCAGCGAGGACAGCCGCAGAGUGGCAGCCAUUUUAAACGGCGCUGUGCACCUGAGCGGGCUGAGCUUCACUGUGCAUGGCUGCGACACCCACCACUUCCUCCAGACACGGCCAAUAGAAGAAGACCUCGCCCCAGGCUUGGGCGUCGGGGGUCGCGUCCUAGAGAAUGGUGUGAAUGUGAGCGUGUCUCAAAUGAGCGCCACAGUGAACGGCAGGACUCGACGCUUCGCUGAUAUCACUCUCCAGCAGGGGGCACUGUGCCUGUGUGUGCGCUAUGGCGGGAACGAGGAGGAGGAGAGGGCGCGGGUGAGGGAGGAGGCGAGGAAGAGGGCGGUGGAGGGGGCGUGGGAGAAGGAGAGGAAGCGGGUGGAUUCAGGGGAUGUGGGGAGCCGGGCUUGGAGCGAGGCGGAGAAGCAGCAGCUGCUGUCCGGCGGACGCGUUCAGGGCUACGACGGCUACUACUCCCUGCCUAUAGAGCAACAGCCGGAGCUGUCCGACUGCCCCUCCAACAUCCACUUUAUGACACUAAGCGAGGUGGGGGGCAGGUAACAGAGACACAGGAGCAGCCCCCCGCCCCACCAAAGACUGCCCGUUUCUACUCUACUCUGAUUUGUUCUACUGUUUCUAUUCUGUAUCAAAAAAAGAGAGAAGACGACGACAAAGAAGAACAAGAAGAGAGCUUGGGGGAAAAGUGAUUUCCAAAUGCCUUUAAUUGUGACAAAAUGAUGGUAUUUUAUUAUUAUUGUCCAGUUUCUCCGAUUUCUAACAGUGGCACAAGCAGUGUGGUUUGGCUGUGGCUUUGCUUUUUGUAUCCCAACUGGCCUGGGACUGACUGACUCGCUGACGGACUCGACUGUCAUUCGCUGUUUCACUGUUCACUGUUCAAACUCACUGAACUGUAGAGAUGAAGACUUUGUAGGAUUGCCAGUGAAUAAUCCUUUUCAUGACUCGAAACCAAGAGCUCACCGGUUGCCAUUUGAGUUCCUACAUGGUUUACCUCGGAAAUACUGUCGUUUACAUAUUGUGUAAGAGAGGCCUUGUCGACUCUGACACUCCCCUUUAGAGAAGGAAACCUGGCGGGUUUUCCACCUCUGGUGUGCUCCAACAGUAGUUUGUAUGAGUGUGUAUACUAAAAUCAAGAAUGUACAUAGCCAGUGCUUUCACACUGAAAAAAAGUGCUCAACUGGAAAUUCUGUUGUUCAUAAGUAAGUGUCGGUAUUGUUAAUCAAUAGGAAAACAGUUACAUUUUUUGCAAAGAAUUAUAAAUGGCUAUAGUAAAUAUUCUCGC